ACCACGCAACUUCAAAAGCAACGGCUUUCGUUACGUCACUCUAACUCUAACCCUCACUUUAAGCCGGCUUAUGCAGGGAACAGGUCAGAACUCACAAUCAUUCUGAUGACGGCGACGUCAAUCGAUCGCGGCCCUCAUGGGACUUGGAUGGAGUGUUGUGGUUGACUUGCCCACACUUAUACUGGUACCAUACAUACAUCGAUGUCACAGGUCUAAUAUCCUACUUUGUUGGUCCACUUCUACUAGCUAGCCAGAUAAUAGCAAGUGCAGUAACUAUCGUUGUUCCUGAUCAUGACACUGCUCUCUACGAAUCCAGCUUUGGAAGAGUCUCUUCCGACAACCACAACCGACCCGGACAGGCUGAAUACCGAACGCGACAAUGAUCUCUGUCUGAAUUUGCCCGCGUGGGUGGAACAACUCCGCGACGAUUGGGGCGAACCGCUGGGUGUCCCGGAAUGGGACGAUGUCGAUUCGUAUCGGCAAAAGAAUGGUUGGCAAGGACGGGAUUUGGUGCACGAUCAUCACGCUCCCGUCCGUGUCCUGGAAUAUUUUGUCCAGUAUGGAAGCGGCAUUAUUACCGAUAAUAAUACAUGCAUCUCUUCCAAAGGAGGUGUCGACACGACCUUGACGGGAAUUUGUCACUUUACACCGCGUGCCGAAAGUCACAAGGGAUUCUGUCAUGGUGGCAGCAUGACCGGUUUGAUGGACGAUGUCAUUGGAUGGUGUGCCUUUUUGACCACGGGCACAUGCCGACCUUGGACGGGAUUCACAGUGCAGGUCAAUACCAGCCUCAAAAAACCAAUUCGCGUCGAUAGCUUUUUACUGGUCAAAGCAAAAAUCACAAAAGUGGAACGACGAAAGGUCUCGGUGACGGCAGAACUCAUCGACCCGGCCAAUAAUAAUAGUGCCGUGCAUGCCCUGGGAGAAGGACUGGUCGUGCUCAACAAGGGAGUUUUGCCUGAACAACAACAACAACCAGCCACGCACAAGGCAUAAAACAACAACUAUUUGAUUAAAAAAGCGAGGAAAUGGAACAAACCAAAAGGAGAAAGAGUUCAAAAGUGUGAGUUGUCAGCAUUCAACAAGGCACUAGCUAGGUUGACUGACCUGAUCGGUAUUACACAAUGGAUGCCUAAAUCAACUUGGCCGUGACACCUACAUAUACAACUAGCAAUAAUAACCGAAGAGAGUAAAAUCUUUCUGACAUUCAAAUGGCUU